AGGAGGUGGCCGGCACGGUGACGUGCGUUGGCCGCGGUUGCGCGCUGGUGGACUUCGGCGCCGCCUGUGAGGGCAAGCUGCCGCUCGCGCGGCGCGACGCCUGGAAACUGCAGGUGGGGGACCAGGUGGAGGGCCUCUUGGUGGAGCGCGUCGGCCCAGACAGAGAGGUUGAGCUGGCGCUAACCUACGAGCUCGCCGACGAGCCGUAUCUGGAGCUCCAGGAGGACUUCUGCGGACACCCGGAGGUACGAGGUCGACCAUGGGGCAGCGGGUGGUGCAGCCCGGGCUGGGACGACGAGGCCUCGAACAGCUGGUACGAGGUACGGCCCGGCGGCAGCGCCUGGGCCUGGCGGCACAGCGACGAUUGGUAGGGGGCCGCGUCGCCGCCUUGCGCGUCGCUGUGAAACUGCCCUUCCGCCUUGCUGUACCGUCCUCCUCCGCCACCUCCUCCUCCUCCUCAUCGUCCCCGUCGGCCCCCCUCCCGCCCCCUCCUUGCCUUCCCCCUCCU